AUGCCUCAGUUUCCUCCACAGUAGAAUGGGGAUGCAAUAUCUGUUCUCCCUCAGCACUCACUACAGUGCUUGGCCUCUGGUGGUAAUAGUAUAGAAUUAGUACUAGUGAGAGUUCAGUAAAUUCGACUGAUAAUGUUAUUGUCCCACCCGCUCUCUCCCCCAGCUCCUCGAUUCCAGGAGCCAGCCAGGGCCUCCCCACACUGGGAAAUUUAUCUCCUGGCCCUGCUCCCAGGAUGCAGAAACCAGGAAAUGAAAGGGGAGGAGGACAAAAAGGGUGGGGGAGGAAGAGAGGAGGCUUCCUGGCUCCUCCCCUUCAGCCCCGCAGGUUAUAACAGGCUGAGGGGGAGUGGGGUCCAUUCUCUCAGUCCUUCUCGGAGCCCUGGUCCACCUGCCCCAAGCACCUGGAGGGACCGCCGAGGAGAGGCACACAUGGAGCAGACCAUCGAACAGCUGGUCCAUCAGGUGGAUUCCAGGAGAUGUGUGGGGAUCGAGGUCACCAACGGCAUGAGCUUGGAGUUUCACUCUGUCAGGACCUACUGUUACAGCGGCCACACUCACCUCCCCCCCAGCCCCAUCAUCCCGCCGAAGACCAAGAGGCACUGCAUCUUCGUGAAAACUGACGGUGCCCCCCGGGGGAGCGUGGGGCUGCUGGUCUACAAGAUCAGGUUAAACCUCAGCCUAGCCAUCCUGUUCUCCAACCCCUACGACUACAACCUGUACUCCAUAGAGUUUGCCGUGGCCCUUUAUGAGCGAGAUAUGGCGGGCACAGAGCUGGACGUCCUAUACGAUCACAUCUACAAACAGAAGGAGCAGGGAUCGUUAAAGGUGGCGAAGAGGAAGCUGGGCUCCACCCAGGAGCCCCUGGUCCUGAAGGAGAGAGGGGUUCGGGUCUCGGCCACCAUGUCCAACGACGCCAAGGCCGUGAUCAGGGUGCACGUCGGUCCCCUUUGAUAGGCAGACCACCCCACCCCACCGAUCCCCCUAGGCUGUGCCCCUUUCUUCGGUCUACCCUCGAUCCCUCCUGCUGCUCUCGUUCCCGCUCCCUCUUCAGAAUACUACUACUACUAAUAAAAUGUCUGUUAAGCGCUU